AUGAGCAAACCAAACAAGAAGAAGACUCGUCAAUACGCGGUGGAGUUUUUGAAGUUUGGAUUCAUUCCUGAUGAGCAUGAUGAGCGUAAACCGUUUUGCUUAUUAUGUAAUCAGACGAUGAGCAAUGAGUCAAUGAAGGCAGGUAGGCUGGAAGCGCACUUAAAGGUAAGACAUCCUAAUAAUUCUAAUUUAGAUUUGGAAUACUUCAAAUCAUUGAAAGAAAAAAUUAAAAACCGAACAAAACUCACUUCACUAUUUCAUGCAAAACAAGCGCUUCAUACUCGUGCCCUUGAAGCCAGCUACGAAAUCUCCUUGCUUAUAGCAAAACAUGGAAAGAAUCACACUAUUGGAGAGCAACUGAUUAAACCUGCUAUCUCAAUAUUCUUAAAAACUGUAUUACAAAAAGAUGAUGGAGAUAUCAGGACUAUGCCACUCAGUAAUAACACUGUCUCAAACAGAAUAGAUGAAAUGGGGCAAGAUGUUGAAAGCCUGCUCAUUGAGAAAUUAAAAUUGCGUAAGUUUUCAUUACAAAUGGACGAAUCCACAAUCCGGGACAGUGAGGCUCUGUUAUUGACUUAUGUGAGGUAUAUUGACCACGAGGAGUUUCAGGAAGAGAUGCUGUUCUGCGAAUCGUUUGAAACCACCACAACGGCAAAUAUUUACAUCAAAAUCAAACAUUAUUUGGAUGCAAACAAAAUACCAAAGGAAAACUUACUGGCAUGUGCGGCAGACGGUGCACAUGCCAUUAUGGGCAAGAAUACGGGAUACUUAAAAAUGAUGAAGGAUGAAAAUCCAAACAUGUUGACUGUCCAUUGUGUAAUACACCGAGAAAACUUGGUUGCCAAGAAAUUGUCCCCUGUUCUUAACAAGAUUCUUCAAAGUGUGAUCAAGUGUGUCAACAGCAUUAAAAGAAAUUCUAAAUCUGAACGUCUUUUUAAGCAGUUUUGUAUAAAUCAAAGUGCCGAACAUGUUCGAUUAUUGCUUCAUACAGAAGUAAGAUGGCUAUCAAGUGGAAACUGCUUAAAGAGGUUCAUGGAAUUAUUUGAUCAGAUUAACGACUUUCUUAGUGAUAAAUGUGAAAUGAAAUUGCUGUCAACAACGGAUGGAAAAGCAUUUGUCAGUUAUUUGACAGACAUAUUUGAGAAACUUGGAAACUUGAAUAAACAACUUCAAGGUGCAAACAUGACACUUAUUGAUGCAAAAGCAAAGAUUUUUGGAUUUAUUACAGCUCUCGAAUUAUGGAAAAAGAAAUUUUCCAAAAGAAAUUUCAGUGAACUUUACUGGUUGAGUAAAUGUGAAAUAACGAAUGAUGCUGGCAUUGUAAUUAUUGAUCAUUUAAAUAUCUUGAUAAAGGAUUUCAAUGACAGAUUUUGCGAUUUAAAGGCAAUGAAUGUUCCUUCUUGGUUAACUCAACCGCUUCUGAUUAACGUUUCUGAUGCUACAAUCCAAUACCAAGAAGAGUUAUCAGAAUUACAACAUGAUGAAUCAGUGAAGACUUUGUUUAAGUUGAAAGUACAAGAUGUGGCUAUAUGA